CUCUCUCUCACUCAAAAUCACUGAUCUUUAUCUCCAAUUUCGAACCUUUGUUGGUUAAUUAGUGAGGUUUUAUUGGGUUUUUGAUUGAUGGAGUUUGAGGAUCAUGAGGAACACGAUGAGGAGAUGGAGAUGGAGCCGAGCUACGACUCGCUAGUGAACAACAACGGAGGAGGAGCGCCCGGCCGGGUCAAAAUGGCAGCUGAGGCGGCCGCGGCUGCGGCCGCUUCGGCUUGCGGUCAGCUAGAACUACAGCAGCAUCAGCAACAGACGAGGAAGGCGUUCAGAUACAGAGAGUGCUUGAAGAACCAUGCGGUCGGGAUUGGAGGCCACGCGCUGGACGGCUGCGGCGAGUUUCUGGCCGCGGGAGCCGAGGGGACGCUGGACGCGCUGAAAUGCGCCGCGUGUAACUGCCACCGCAACUUCCACCGCAAGGAAACCGACGAGCCGUACGGUCAGCUUGUGCCGCACCAGGGACACGUCAGCGGCGGAGGGCAUCAUCAUAACCACCUCCACGGCUUCGGCCACCAGCAAUUCUCACCGUCUGGCGGCUACUACCGCACCCCAGCAGGGUACCUCCACGUGACGACGCAGCACAGGCCGCUGGCGCUGCCUUCGACCUCAGGCGGGGGCGGGACAGAUCAGGACGACGACAUGUCGAAUCCCAGCGGAGACGGCGGUAGUGGAUUUGGAACGGGAACGACGUCGUCGAAGAAGAGGUUCAGGACCAAGUUUAGUCAGGAGCAGAAGAAGAGGAUGCUGGAGCUGGCGGAGCGGCUGGGGUGGAGGAUUCAGAAGCAGGAUGAGGCGGUGGUGCAAAGCUUCUGCGACGAGACGGGAGUGAAGCGGCAUGUGCUCAAGGUUUGGAUGCAUAACAACAAACACACCCUCGGCAAGAAACCCUAGACACCAAUCCCUAGCCAUUACAAAAACAAAUUUCUGAUUAUCAACCUCAUCGUUCUCCCUCGGAAUAGAUCAUCAACCUCAUCUUUCCUAGUUUCUACUUUCUGUUGUACUGUACUUGAUUAAUUAGGAGAGCCAACAACAACACUAGCUAGGUAGCACCAGAAGGAAGUACUAGUAGCAGUAGAAUUAAUUAAGUAGUAGGAUAAGCAGGUCUUCUUCUAAUUUUCUUGGUUGCUUUUAGCGCCUCGGAGCGAAACUAAGGAAAUUCUUGUCCGGAAUUUUAGUGUUUUAGGGUUUCUUCAUCUACUUCUAGAACUACCCACCAUGUUAUUUAGAUCCAUGAA